GCCCCGCAGGGUUUUCUUUUGCUAAAUCACUUUUGGAAAAUCCUGUUUCCAUCAACCCCACUGACUGCAGAGGACUUGGUGUCUUAGCACACAGCUCUCAGCUGCCCAAGCACCUCUCCGCUUCAGUCACUCUUUCAGCUGCAGCUCCGAAAUGUUCGUUAACCCUCUCAUUUUAGUGCUGGAAAACUCCAACGUGGAGAGAAGUGUCGAGGCCACAUAAGGUGCCAGGAGCAGCCGGGAAAUGGACAUCAUAGCGUUGGAGACUCGGGGACUCUUAGCAGCAGGGAGAUCUCCCCGUAGUUGCAUGCUUGUAUCAUCGGGGCCCAUCUCAGACCCUGCAACGAGAGAGCAUUUACCUACACCCUCUGACCCUAGGACUAAGCAAAAGAAGCAGGAGGAAGGAACCAUGUUCCAGGCCACAGCCCCUGCCAGCGCAACCUCCACCCAUGAGGCCAACAGCAGCUCAGGAGGCAGCACAGUGCAGCGCUCCAAGUCAUUCAGCUUGAAGGCCCAAGUGAAGGAGACAUGCACGGCUUGCCAGAAGACCGUCUACCCCAUGGAACGGCUGGUGGCUGAUAAAUUUGUCUUCCAUAAUGCCUGUUUCUGCUGCAAGCACUGCAAUACCAAGCUCAGCCUGGGCAGCUAUGCGGCGCUGCAUGGGGAGUUCUACUGCAAGCCCCACUUCCAGCAGCUGUUCAAGAGCAAAGGCAACUACGAUGAGGGCUUCGGGCGCAAGCAGCACAAGGAGCUCUGGGUGCACAAGGAGGUGGAGAGUGGGACCAAGACAGCGUGAUAUGGCCUGGCUCCCUUUCCCUCGAGCCCAGCCGAGACAACACUGAGAGUAAAGCUGAACUGGGGGCUAGCUGAGCUGCUGUAAAGGGUGCUGGCAGGGGCUGCUGGGAACAGAGGUGGGAGAGGCAGUGCCCAGGCAAAGACCAGCAGCUCCACCGUGUUGCUGAGCUGCAGAAGCCUUUGGUAGCAAGAUCUAGAUGUUAUGUCUGGGGCCAUUGAAACUGCAAUGCAGAAUGUGCCUGGUCUUUAAGAGCAGGAGCCCAAAUGGGAAAAGGGCAGGGCUGCCUGGGGUCCAAGGGUAUCUUGCUAACACCCAAGCAGAAGCCCUUCUAUCCACGGGCUGAAACCAGGCUAUGCCUCCCUGAGAGAGCCUCUCUGUUAACCCCUCAUGGGAGUCUGCUGCCACAGGGGAAGAGAGGCCUUGGGGUUCCCA